CGUUUCCCCAUCUCUGAGACCGUAGACCCAAAACCUCGUCUCCGGGGAAAAUGUCUAUGUCAUACCAGGUGAACGAGCGCGUGUUGUGCUACCAUGGGCCGCUCAUCUAUGAGGCCAAGAUUCUCAAGACGGAAGAAUGGGACGAGACGAAUACGCUAACAGGCUUCAGUGGCCCCCACUUCUUUGUGCACUACAAGGGCUGGAAACAGACAUGGGAUGAAUGGGUGCCAAUGGACCGGCUCAUGAAGUUCAAUGACUCCAACGUCCAGUUGCAAAAGGCGCUCAUGGCACAGGCAUCUGCGGCGGCCUCUGGCUCUGGCACGGGAACGAAGAACAAGAGUGUGCACACGGGACACAAAGAUGGCGUGUCGGGGCGGGGAGGACGAAAGGACGGUGGACGCGGCACUAAGCGCGCGAGAGACGACGAUGACUCGCACAAAAAGCCAGAGAUGAAACUCACUGUACCCGAGAUACUCAAGGUCGUGCUCGUCGAUGAUUGGGAAGCUAUCACGAAAAACAGCCAGCUUGUAACGCUUCCUAGAACUCCAAACGUCGUCGAGGUGCUACAGCUGUUUAAAGAAUAUGUCGCCGCGCAGGGCAAAAACACCCCCCUCCGCGAACCUGACCUUGUCCUUCCAACCAUCUGCUCCGGGCUUCAAGUUUACUUCGACCGCUCUUUGGGCGCUAACCUGCUGUACCGAUUUGAACGGCCGCAGUACGCAGAAAUCCGAAAGAAGUAUGUCACAGGACCCAAGGUUACCGUCGGCCAGGAGAAGGACAUGAGCGCAAUAUACGGCGCAGAGCAUCUUCUUCGCAUGCUGGUCGCUAUGCCACAGAUGGUCGCCAACUCGACCAUGGACGGCGAGUCGGUAGGGCUCGUGCGAGAUUAUGUCAAUGAGCUGCUGAACUUUAUGGCAAGCGCUCGCGAAAAACUCUUCCUCACCGAGUACCAGAGCUCGAGUCUGCAGUAUCAGAAUAUUUCGCGCGCAUAGCACUAUAUAUGCGCUAACCGCAUACGUUUGCAUGGUUCUAUGUUGCUGUUAUCUUAUGCUUUUGUAUAAUCAACCAGAUUCAUAUUCGGACAACGUGAUCCUGCGUUACACCAUCCUGCGCUCUCAGUGGUAAUGACCAAUGAUGAGCUUGAGAACCACCGGGCUGCGCCGAAAGCAUUACGACGAACAUGAACCUAGCAAGCCCUAUU